CCCCGUUCCCUAUUUCCCUUUCAAUUCAAGCUUUAGGCGAUGGAGUACAAGCUUAGCGCAUGUUGAGCUACAGUAUAUAGUAUUAUAGUUCUUUCAAAAGUUUAAGCCAUUUUUUUUAAGCCAUUUAAUUAUAUUAAGAGGGAGAAAAUGGAAAACCUAACUAAGGAUCGAGGGGAAUGUCAAUCCUCAAGCAACAAAAAGAUCAAACAGAGUUAUACUUUUGAAGUUCAUGAUUUUCAUUUCACUCAAACUAUAGGGAAUAAUGACAAGGAGAAAAAGCUGAUUCCACCAAUGUUUGUCAAGCACUUGGGAAAGUGGUUAGGUGAUAUUUCAACCUUGAGGCGACCAUCAGGACACCAAUGGAGGGUUCACAUAUGCACGGAUAGAGAUGGCACUUUUUUCAGCAACGGUUGGGAGACAUUUUAUAAAGACAAUUGUCUUGACAUUGGUCAAGUUGUAUUCUAUACAUAUGUUGGAGGCAUGCACUUUGAUGUUAAAAUUUUUAACAAAGAUGGACGGGAGAAGAUGUGGGACUCAAAUUUUAUUCAAAAUUCUAAUGAAGAAAGUGAUCAUGAUAAUCCUUCAACUCCAGAUCUAGAGUAGUGCUUGCCUGGAGAGAGCGAAGUAGUGAUUUGGAAGUGCUUCUUAGUGAUUCGUCAUGCAUAGACUUGACAUUUGAGACAUUGAUGUUACUUUUAUGGAUUCUGUUUAGAUAGUAACUUUAUAAUCCCUUAUUUUGAAAUGUAUGGAUUUGGGG